AUGAGUCCGGUCCAAUUCCAACCCAGCCCUGUCAAGGACGGCCGGCGAGUGCUCGGCGAGAAACCCGCCAACGCGUGUCUGUCGCCUGCGCACAAUCGUACCAUCGACGCAGCUACAUCGCCCCUCAAACGCCCUAUCUUUGACCAGAGACACACCUCCUCGUCACCUAAGAAGCUUCUCCCCUCGCCGUCCUUUGGUCCUGCGGGCCAGAAGCGCACAAUCGACCAGGUUGAGGAAAAUCGUCCGGCUCCGGUAAACAAAGGCAGCUUGCAUGUUGUUCGGGAAGAGGAAGAAACAACGCGGUAUACCGGGCAUGAUGUUGCUAGGUCAAACCAGAAGGAAACGGAACUUGAACCUGAACCCCCGCACGCGAUGGAUACGUCCAGGCCACAGGAACAAAAGCAAGCAUUACCAAUUGAAUCUCGGCAACACAACCUUUCCACGGACGUGUUGAAUAAUCCGACGCGAACAAUCCCAGAGGACCCAGAGACGCGCAAGGUUUUUAUCCAAGAGAAAGCGAACCUUCUCCGUACCAGAAUCCAAAGCGCCAUGCGUCACGUCAGAGAUCACCAAUUUGACCGCCGAUUGUCAGAGCUAGAAGCCCACAGUCGCAAGUAUCCUCGAUUAACGAAGAAACCUCAACAAACCGGUACUCUACAAAAGACCAGAUCCAACGUCACCACCGCCGCUGCAUCACUUCUCUCCGAACCCGAAACAGAAGAAACCACUCCGCGAACCCUCCAACCUGCACCAGAACUGAAAGCACGCGCCGAAGAAGGCCCCACAUCGAAAAACAACAAAGAUGACAACAACACCUCCGCAGGCCUAUCAUCUCCUCCCCUAUCCACAAACAAUACAACCGACCCAAUGAAGACCCCAACUCAACAAACAUACCAACAAAGCCGCGAGGGUGCACCAGGGUCACCAAUGCAGCUCAGUAGCCCACCUGCUAGCAUCUCGCGCGACAGAUCCGACCAGCACGAGAAGAAUAGAUGUGACCACGACACCGAGAAUGUCGCAAGAACACCAUCGCAGCAAGGAGAUGCCGUGGACGGACUACUCAAGCUCAUGAAUACUGCUGAGAGACGCGAGCAUUCGGCUUGA